AAUCAUAAUUAUAGAGUCACAAUACUAUCAUUAUGACACACCCAUCUAGUAGAUCUCUCUACUGCAUAUAGUGCCUCUGUACUGUGUCACUGGCUCAAAAGAUGGUCAAGUGCCCUAUGUCCCACCAAUGUCCCACUAAAAGGAUUCUGGCCUCGCUCAUUGUGGUCACCUUCUGGUUGCAGUUAUCUCAAGGAGCCAGUGUCAACCUAACUGUUGAGGGAGGUGUUGAUCUAGUGGAUGAGAUUUGCCCUGGAAUUGUAACACUGUUCUGUGAGGGGGUGGACAUUAAUCAACUGCGCUGGAGAUACAAUGGAGAUACUAACAUUUUCAUGUACUCUUCUGAUAGUUCCCCAUCCCAAAGUCAGCCUUCACAAACAUUUUUAUCAGUCGAAUUGGUUGCAAUAUCACAGAACACGGUGGAUCCAGAUCGAGCGAAUUUCACUUCAAUUCUCACUGCAGAUUUGUCUCGACUCCAAUCUGAUAAUGUAAUGAAUAUUGAAUGUGGUGAUGCGGCUAUAUUUCAAAUCGAAUCAGUUAAUGUGCAAAUUAUUGAUCGAAGUAGACCCAGGGAUCCAAGAUUCUCUAUGGUGACAACCGAAUAUCAAUCUAAGAGAUUAAACAGUGUUCAAGUACAAUGGAGAAAAUCUGAAAACUUUUGCCCUGAUUACGGUUUAACCUUUGUUUAUCGUGUUAACCUUACGGCUGAAAGGUCAAUUUCAAUAAACCAUGAUAACUGUUCAAACAAUUUUUGCAAAGCAACUUUUGUGGAGAUGGACGGAGAAAUUGGAACAAUAAAACUUUCCGUUUUGGCAGCAAAUGAGUUGGGAUCUAGUGCACUCAUUUGUUACCCCUAUACUAUUGAUUCUUCGGCACAACAAUACUUCACACCUCAGGUGUCCUUUACCAAUGAUCAGUUCGAGGUUGAGUGCAUAUCUACAGUUCUAAGCGCUAGUGGGCAGUCCUGCAGUGUACGUUAUACAACUAACCCACUAUUUACUGGAUUGUCGGAUGAGAUUACAUCAAUGCUUGACACACCAUUUAGCAUACCAGGACUUAGUGCUGAUACUAUAUACUACUUUAAGUUCUCUCUGCUGGUCAAUAGCAGCCUCCAAAUCGUGGACCGUAUCAGCUUUAUUGCUCAAACAAGCACUGGGCUACCAGGCUGGGGAAUCGCCCUCAUUGCAAUUGUAGUGAUUUUUUUUGGCAUUUCUACUGUCAUAAUCUUUUCAAUAUGUGUCCUCCAUGCCGUCAGAAAAAAACGUAAAGGAAACAUACACUCUACGGAUAAUAAUAAUGGAUGCAAGGAUAGUCAGCAGGAUGAAUCUGAAAAAUGUACAGAUGUACUCUUCAAUGAUGACCCUGCUCGUCGUUCAUGUAAUACCGAAGAAGUUGACCUUGAACCUGAUCAGCUUGUAACACGUUGUAUUACGAGAAAUCACAACCUAGCAAACGAUAUGACUAUAAAAGAAGCAAGGGAAGAGACGGAAUUUUAAAGAGAAAAGGACAAUUAAGACUUAUUCGUGUUUUCUGUACAAUUAUUUUUGUAGAGACACUAGCGAAUGUGCCGUGUAAAUAAUAUUUAAAUUGUAGACCUUCUAAUAAUAAUUAUAUCCAUUAUAUA